ACACUUCACACGCCCCACUCAGCUCAGCUGCAUGCUGCUGAGUGGCUGGGUGGGGUAGUGAAAAAAAUCAUCGCGCGCGCGACGAAGCAGCAGCGACGUCUCGGUGAGUGACGGUGAGCUCGAUCCAUCCAUUCAAGAACGUACGUAGGUGCGGCGGCGGAGGCGGCGGAGCUGAUGAAUUCCGGCGGCCGGAGCCUCCUCUCGUCCCCGCUCUUCGCCAGCUCUUCCCCGGCCUUCCGCGGCGGCGCCGCCGCCGCCUCCUGCUCCUCGUCUUCCUCCCCGUCCUCCUCCUCCCGCGCCACUGUGGUGCCCAUGGUGCACGACACCGGCGGCGGGCGAGCGUCGUCGACGGCGUGCCACUACUCGCCGUCGCUGGUGGCGGCGGAGCCGGAGGAGCACGUCCACGGCCGCUCCAAGGACGACGACGACGACGCCGCCGUGUCGCUCAUGGGCGAGAAGGCCUUGCUGGAGCUGCUCCUCGACAUGGCUUUGGAACAACACGCACCAGGGAAGAAGCUACCAGCUGAAGAGAGGGAAGAGAGUGAGUUCGACAUCUAUCUGAGAGAUGAUAAAAGCCAUGUCCUUUACCAUCCAGAAUUCAGCUCUACAUCUGUGAGUUCUUCACCAUUGUCCGUAAAAUCUAGCGAAAGAUCGGAUCUUGGUACAGCUUCAGCGGUUCUGACGAAGGACGUGGCAUUAUUAGCAGAAGAAACAGACAUUUUAGCAACCCAACUGAAAGCAUCGCAACUUUACAGUGUGGAUUCGAGCAAGUCAAAUGAAGAACUGCAGAGCAAGGGUCAGGUGUUCGUUAGAUCGACGAGGUUACUCGAGAGGAGAUCCAAGCGGCGUUAUGCUCCUCGAGCAUCGAUCGCUGAUGUUUCCUGCAGCGCUGACAAUUCGAAGAAGAAAGAGAAAUCAAAGAAGUAUGGCAGAGUUCUUGAACCAGAUGAGCCUUUCAAGCUGUUCCUAAGAGAUCGGGAGACGACGGAAUUCCUGACAGCAAAAGAGGAGAGACAUUUGUUCAGUAAAAUACAGAUUCUUAUGAAAAUAGAGGAGGCUCACCGGAAACUAGAAGUUCAAUGCGGCCGUGAGCCGACAUUGGCAGAGUGGGCUGAGGCUGUAGGGAUGAGCAGCAAGGAGCUGCAGUCCUCUAUUCGCACCGGAAGACGGUGCCGGGAGAAGAUGGCUCGAUCGAACUUCAGGCUUGUGAUUCAUGUAGCUAGGAAGUAUGAAGGAUAUGGUCUUGACAUCCAGGACCUUGUUCAGGAUGGAUGCAGUGGGUUGAUGAAGACCUUUGAGAAGUUCAAUCCCAGCAAGGGGUGUCGAUUCCCGACCUACGCAUAUUGGUGGAUACGCCAAUCAAUUAAGAAGUCAAUCUUCAAGAACUCAAGACUAAUCCGGUUACCGGAGAGUGUGUAUGCGCUUCUGAGAAAGGUGGGCAAGGCAAGGAUGGAAUGCAUCAUGGAAGGGGAGCAACCCACCAACGCGAACGUAGCGAGGCGCGCCGGCAUCACCAUCGAGAAGCUUGCGAAGCUCCGAGCGAAAACCCGGAAACCCCGGUCGAUGCAGGAUCAUGUCUGGUCAGAUGAGGGUGUCACCUUCCAGGAGAUCACAGAAGACCCAAAUGUGGAGCCACCUGACCUGAGUGUGGACAGGAUGAUGAUGAGGCAGCAGGUGAGGGACUUCCUGGGGAUCCUGAGCCCCAGGGAGAAGGAGAUCAUCGAGCACCGGUUCGGGAUCCACGAUGGCGAGCCGAAGACGCUACAUGUCAUCGGGGACAUGUUUGGGCUGUCCAAGGAGAGGAUCAGGCAGCUGCAGAACCGGGCGCUGGAGAAGCUCAAGAGGAGUGCAUCCUUGCAGGGGUUUGAUGUCUACUUUGAUUUGCUAACCUGAAGAAGAAAGGCCAAGCAGCUCAUUUGGUUUCAGAAACUUUCAGUCAAGUUGUCCAUACAAAACAGCAGAAACACAUACACACUGUAGCUUUCUAGACCUAUUAUACAUAUAUACUACACACCCAGUGACACGUACUGUACAAGUAUAGUGCUAGAUCUGCAGAAAGAAAUGUGGUACACGGAUUCAGAGUUUCAGAUGGCAUCCUUUUUUGCUUAUGUAAGUAAAUUUCCCAGCAAGCUGCUGUUGGUGCUUAUACUGAUACUGCAAGUCUGCAAUGCAAAGCAACCCUCAUUGUAAUUAAGGAUAAUCAUGUACAUUUUUUUACCCUUAAUUUGAGCUGAUCAGGCGCUGUAAUUAUAACGGAACAGGUCCUGGAUACAUACUUGUAGCA